AUGUUCCCCCACCUGAGCCAGCGCCUGUUCGCGGGGCGCAGCGCGGCCGUCGUGCAGCGUGGCCUGGCUGUGAUGGGCUUCACUUUCUUUGUGGUCCAGCUCAGCAGCAUGGUCACCGGAUGGGUGGCCAUCUCCGCCCUGGCUGGCACCGUGGGCAAGGGCGAGUCCGCCUUCAGCAAGAUGCUCAUCCUCAUUUCCAGCCACGGCACCGGCCAGGCCGUCCUCGCGCGGGCAUACGCAGAGCGGCGCACCUUUUGA